GGCUGCAGCAUCUCGGGCUGCUCCGUUCGGGAGUCGGCAGGCUGUAUCAGCAGCUCCAUCCAGCUUACAGGAGAGGAGGUUGGGUCACGGGAAGGGAAUGAAGCUGAGGAAGAGCGAGGAACCGCUCCCGGGGCGAGCGGUGGCUCUGAUUCUUGUACUCUGCGUCUCGGGGAUGAGAGCAGAAACCGCUCGGUACUCUGUGCCCGAAGAGGCGGAGAGAGGAUCUUUUGUGGCCAAUAUCGCUAAGGAUUUGGGGCUAACUGGAGAGGAAUUAUUGGCUCGUCAGGCUCGACUCGUUCCUGAAGGAGAAAAGCAGUAUUUAGAGCUGAACCAGCACACCGGGGAUUUGGUGGUGAGAGAGCAGAUGGACCGGGAAGAGCUGUGUGGACAGAGCGAGCCCUGCUUGGUGCGUUUUGAGGUGCUGCUGGAGAGCCCACUGCAGUCCUUCCGAGCUGAGGUAAGGCUCACCGACAUAAAUGAUAAUUCUCCUGUAUUCUUAAAUAAAGAGAUAAUUUUAAAGAUCCCGGAAUCUGCAGUGCCGGGGACUCGGUUUUUGUUGGAAAGUGCUCACGAUCCAGACGUGGGGAACAACAGUCUUCAGCAUUAUAGUAUCAGCUCGAAUGAAUAUUUCCAUGUGAACACCCAGCGGCGAAAUGACGGUGGGAGGUACGCCGAGCUGGUGCUGGAUCGAGCCCUGGACCGGGAGCAGCAGGCAGAAGUGGCUUUCAGCAUCACAGCUGUGGAUGGUGGGAGUCCACCGCGGUCUGGCACUGCUUCAAUCCGCGUGGUAGUUCUGGAUAUAAACGACAACAUCCCGCAAUUUACCCAGACUCUGUAUAAAGUCUCUGUAAUGGAAAAUAGCCCCCAGGAUACCUUAGUGGUAAUAGUGUCUGCUAGCGAUUUGGACGCAGGAACGAAUGGGGAAAUAGUGUAUUCCAUAUUUCAAAAUUCAGAGGAAAAUCUCCAAACGUUUACAAUAAACCCAGAGACAGGCCAGAUUCGACUCAAAAAACCUUUAGAUUAUGAAGAAAAAAAGACCUAUGAGAUAGACGUCCAAGCCACAGAUGGAGGGGGCCUGUCCACGCAUUGCAAGGUGGAGGUGCAGGUGAAGGACGUGAACGAUAAUGCCCCCGAGGUGGUCAUCACCUCGCUCACCAGCACCCUCUCCGAAGCCGCCCCACCAAACACCGUAGUGGCCCUCUUCAACGUGCGGGACCGGGACUCGGGGGACAACGGCAGGACGACCUGCGAGCUGAGCGGAGAGCAGCCCUUCAGGAUCACGCUGCUGGCAGCCGACGCGUACGCGCUGGUGACAUCAGAGACACUGGACCGGGAGCAGGUGGAGGAAUACAACGUGACGGUGCGAGCUCGCGACGAGGGAUCCCCCGCCCUCUCGGCAUGGAAGACUCUGUUCGUGCGGCUCUUGGAUGUGAACGACAACGCACCCACCUUCACCCAGGCCGUUUACACCAUGGUGAUGAGCGAAAACGAGCCCGCGGGGAGGAGCCUGGGCCGCCUUAGUGCCACCGACCCUGACGCGGGAGAAAACGCCCGCGUGAGAUACGCGCUAGUGCCACCACCCACAGGCACCCUCGUAGCGGCAUCAUUCGUGUCAGUGGACGCUGAGAGUGGAACCGUCCGUAGUUUGCGGCCACUAGACUACGAGAAGGUCUCUGCCUUUGAGGUGACAGUGCGCGCAGCCGACGGCGGCUCCCCGCCGCUCAGCGCCCACGCCGUGCUGCGCGUGGUCGUGCAGGACGAGAAUGACAACGCGCCCGUGCUGCUGCACCCACCCCCUGAUGGCAGCACAGCCGGAGAGCUGGUGCCGCGCUGGGCGGAGGCCGGCUACCUGGUGGCCAAGGUGGUGGCGGUGGACGCGGACGCGGGGCAGAAUGCGUGGCUGUCGUACGAGCUGGCCAAGGCGACGGAGCCGGGGCUGUUCCGCGUGGGGCUGCACAGCGGCGAGGUGCGCACGGCGCGGGCCGUGACAGAGAGGGACGCGGCCCGGCAGAGGCUCAUCGUGCUGGUGCGGGACCGCGGGCAGCCGUCGCGCUCUGCCACUGCCAACCUCGCCGUGGCACUGGUGGACAACUUCUCCGAUGCUUUCCACCAGCUUGGCCAAGAUCCUGCCAGUGGACAACAGCCGCAGGUGGCAGAGGAGGAAUUGCUCACCACUUACCUCAUCGCCUCCCUGUGCUGCGUCUCUUCCCUUUUUCUCUUAUCCAUCCUCGUCUUGAUGGCGAGAACGCUCUGCAAAUGUCGCGUCCGGGCAGAACUUCCCCCUCCCUCUCCCAGCUGUUACACGGACGGAGAUUUAGCCAGCGAUGUCAUGGGCGUGGGCAGCACUGGCACUCUGUCGCCGGCUUACCGCUACGAAAUGUGUCUGACCGGCGGCUCGGGGAGGAGCUUAUUCCAGUUCCUGAGGCCCACCCUGCCCAGCCCUCACAGCAAUGCUGAGGUGGGGCUGGACAAGGACGAGGAGCAGCUACGAGGACAGAACUCAGAGCCUGCCUGCGACAGGGAAGCCCACGCGGCGAGCACAGCCACUCCUCCCUUUUCGCCGCAAGACUGGCCAUCAGGCGUGUGUGUCCAUGCCUGAGCCCUACUGUGAUCCACCUCUUUUCACCGUCCUCAGUCUGAGAUUCCCCUGUAGUUGUAGCGCCAUUCCCGGCUGUGAUAUACGUACUGUCCCUGCAUAGGCUCCAGGCCGGUUUCUCCUGUCGGAGAAGACGGCUCAGUCCCUCCAAAUUCAGCCGCUGCCUCACACUGCCCUGCAAAAUGCGUUGUGCCGCUCUUCGAUGCGUUCCCCGUAGUGCGCGGACUCGCUUAAGCUAGCCAAGAGUACAGCAGAUCGCGAGCUCCGGCCAGCGAGGGCGGAGGACGGACGCGAAGCAGCUGCCGACGAUGAUCCGGCGCCAGGAAUCCCCCGAGGCUACAGCCUAUCCUCCCUACCACUUCUUUCCUUAGCAGAAUGAGCGCUUGGGUCUCCGGGCCGGGGCGAGCGGCAGCGCGGGCUGCGGGCGGCGGGCGCAGUCCCAGCGCGCACCGCUGGGUGGUGCCCUCGGCCAAGGCGGCGCCGAGCGGCUGCGGCAGCGGAGGCGGCCGAGCCCGGAGCAGCCCAGAGAAGCUGAGAUUAGAGCAGCGCAGAGCAGCUGAGAUUAGACCAGAGAGCAGCCGGGUCCGACCGAGCGCAGCCCAGAGCAGAGCAGAGCAGCCGGUCGG